ACAACCACAACAACCCUUUCAUGCGAAACCUCUUUCACCUCUGAUGGCUUGAUAAUAGCCAGACAGAGGCAGCUGAAGCUUAUGCUGAUCCUUGACUGCUUUUGCACAGCAUGAGUGGCAGGUUAUUUUCAUCCCGGCUGCCGCCACUGGCCCGGAGGGCUCCCCUCCAUAUUACUCGACGAGUGAUGCAUCAUGCCAGUGCCAGAGCUGGUGGACUUCUAGGAGUGCAAAAUAGUCUUUUACGAACUGUUCAACGUCGGCCUUGGCCCCAGGGUGCUUUCUCGGUUCAUAAUGUCCCCGCCGUGCGCACAAUCUCCUUUGCGCGCGCACUUCCCAAGCUGGUCUUGAGGUUAGCCAGACUGCCGGCCCUGUUUGGCGGAGCGACAAUUGCAGGUCUUGCAUACGUCCAAUACCAAGCCACGCAGGCAGGAAAUUAUGCCAUGGACGCGCUUCGAAGAGCUGGUGACGUUACAGGCGAAACGGCUGGCAGCAUAUUUGGCGGUGCCAUGGAUAUAGUGGACCAGACACGGAGAGGGUGGGAGCGCACCAAAGAUGACGUCGAACUACCAGAGUGGCUACGAUUGAUAUUGAGAAAGGAAGCUGGGUCAGAGGGCGGAGAAGGUGGAUCCUCUGGACCAGAAGGCUCCCCAAAGCAGAGCAGAGCAGCUGGAGCAGCGGCCGUGGGAGGCGCGACUGGAGCGGCUUUUGGGUACAGCGAGUCAUCUGAGGAAGACGAUCGUUCUGGAGAGCAAACCGCAAGGGACGACCAAAUGAUGAUGCUGACGAAGAAGAUGAUUGAGAUUCGAAACAUGCUGCAGACCAUUGGCCAGUCCGACACUUUGACGCUGCCCUCGAUCGUUGUCAUUGGAUCACAGUCGUCCGGAAAGAGCUCCGUUUUGGAAGCCAUCGUCGGUCACGAAUUUCUGCCCAAGGGCUCGAAUAUGGUAACCAGGAGACCCAUUGAGCUUACACUUGUCAACACUCCCGAUGCGCACGCCGAGUACGGAGAAUUCCCGUCGUUGGGUCUUGGCAAGAUGACAGACUUUUCUCAGAUCCAGCGGACCUUGACCGAUCUCAACCUCGCCGUCCCAGCUGAGAAAUGUGUCUCCGACGAUCCAAUCCAGCUCCACAUUUACUCUCCUAAUGUCCCAGACCUUUCUCUCAUCGACCUCCCUGGAUAUAUCCAGAUUGCAGGACAUGAUCAACCAAAGGAGCUCAAGCAAAAGAUCUCGGAGCUCUGUGACAAAUAUAUCCAACCUCCGAACGUCAUUCUCGCGAUUUCCGCUGCGGAUGUCGACCUUGCCAACUCGACUGCCUUGCGUGCUAGCCGCCGAGUUGACCCAAGAGGUGAACGUACAAUUGGCGUCAUUACCAAGAUGGACUUGGUCGAUGCCCAACGGGGCGCCAGCAUUCUGGGGGAUCGGAAAUACCCCUUGCGAUUGGGAUAUGUUGGAGUUGUCUGCCGCGUGCCACACAGCACUGGUCUCUUCUCCCGGGGCGGCGGAAAUAUUACAAACGCCAUCGUGAAGAACGAGAAUGCCUACUUCUCUGCUCACCCUCUUGAGUUCGGCCCAGAGUCAGAGCUCUUCGUGGGUACGAGCACCCUGCGAAAGAAACUCAUGCAGGUGCUUGAACAGACCAUGGCAUCUAGCCUCCAAGGAACAAGUGAUGCAAUUCACCAGGAGCUGGAAGAAGCUACUUAUGAAUUCAAGGUGCAGUACAACGACCGUCCGCUGAGCGCCGAAUCCUAUCUUGCCGAAAGCCUAGAUGCAUUCAAGCACUCCUUUAAGGAAUUUGCCGAACACUUUGGCCGUCCCCAAGUACGAGAGCUCCUCAAGCGCGAGCUCGAUCAGCGGGUCCUGGAUAUUCUUGCCCAGCGUUAUUGGAACAAGCCCAUCAGUGAGCUAGGUCCAGCGUCAGCUGAACCCGAGCCAUUGAGUGGGCUUCCCAAGGCUGAUCCAGAAUCUCUCUUCUGGCACAGAAAGCUCGACGCGUCUGCAUCUUCUCUCACAAAGCUGGGCGUAGGAAGACUUGCCACUACUGUCCUUGCGAACCAGCUACAGGCGCAUGUUGAUCAUCUGAUCUCUACCUCGACGUUUUCGGCGCACCCGUUUGCCCGCCAGGCCAUCUCCGAGGCAGCCUCUGGCAUUCUUAACGAGCGUUUCUACGGCACAAGCGACCAGGUUGAGAACUGCAUCAAGCCGUACAAAUUUGAGAUUGAAGUGGAGGAUAAUGAGUGGUCCAAAGGUCGUGAGAACGUCACCGGCUCUCUCAAAGAGGAGCUGGUGGCCGUAGAGGCUGCUAUGAAAGAUGUCGAGGCCCGCAUAGGCGGCAAACGGAAAUUGAAGGACGUACUGGGCUUCGUGGAGCGUGUGAGGAAAGGAGAUGUAGUACUAGAAGGAGAUGGUGUUGGCGGUGCUGGAGGCUUCAGCUCUGCUCUUCUGGCAACAGGUCGAGAGGCAGCCUUCCUUCGGGAUCGCGCGGAUAUCAUCAAGAUGCGACUUUUGGCGGUCAAGUCAAAGCAAUGCGCUACAAAAAAGAACAAGUAUUACUGCCCAGAGGUCUUUUUGGAUGUGGUUGCCGACAAAUUGACUGCAACGGCUGUCUUAUUCCUGAACGUUGAGCUCCUUUCGGAGUUUUAUUACAACUUCCCCCGUGAGCUCGAUUCCCGACUUGGCAAGCACCUCUCCGACACGGAAGUCGAGCGGUUCGCGCGAGAAGAUCCCAAAAUCAGACGCCACCUUGAUAUUAUCCGUCGCAAGGAAAUGCUCGAGCUUGUGUUGGAAAAGAUGGAGAGUUUACGCCAGCUCGAGGGCCGCGAGAAGCGAUCCAAGGCCGCACAACAGCAAGCAGCAGCCGCUGCCAAAGAGCGAGGACGAGGAUGGAGUUUCUUCUGAUCAAUUUCAUUUCUUACGUCACCUAGCCUUGGAUCAGGCUGGCUUUUUCAAAACAUCUCUUUACCACAAUACCCUCUGUAUUGGGUCCGCCGCGAACUUUUUGUCUCGUUUUAGUCGGUGUUUACUUGCUUACUUCUCCGCUCGAUUAUUUACUGGUGGAACAGCACUUCCCUGCUCUUUUAUAGUCCUAUUCCUUUUCCUCUCUUCUCCCCUUCUUCCUCUCUGCGCUUACGUUAUCAUUCUCGCGCGCUCAAUGGUAUCUGCCAAUAUAGUUGUGGUGCCAUGUCCUUUCUUUUGUCCUUUCCAAACCUGGACGGAUCCUUUACUUGUCAGACUAUCAUGCAUCAACUAUACCAUCCCAUGUACCCAAUAUACUUCUUUCAAUUAAUCGGUCGGCGAGCGUCAAAGAUGGUUUGGUCGGUCUUGGGCGUUUUAUCGAGCAAUGUGCUUUACUAGUAGUAUGUACAGAGUAGUAAUUUAAGAGUGAGCAAUUCGUCU